AUGGCCAGCCCAGGCAACACCACCCAGCCCUGCGGCUUCCUCCUCCAGGGCUUCUCUGAGUUCCCGCACCUGCGGCCUGCGCUCUUCCUGCUGCUGCUGGCGGUGCACCUGGCCACGCUGAGUGGCAACCUGCUGAUCCUCGUGGCCGUCACCUCUGCGCCCCGCCGGCCGCCCAUGCUGCUCUUCCUGUGCCAGCUGUCAGCCAUCGAAUUAUGCUACACGCUGGUGGUGGUGCCGCGCUCGCUGGCUGACCUGGCUGCGCCCUCCCAGCCCCGGGGCAGCCCCAUCUCCUACCUGGGCUGCGCGGUGCAGAUGCAGAUGUUCGUGGCCCUGGGUGGCGCCGAGUGCUUCCUGCUGGCCGCCAUGGCCUACGACCGCUAUGUGGCCAUCUGCCACCCGCUGCGCUAUGGAGCCCUGGUGACCCCCGGGCUGUGCGCACGCCUGGCCCUGGCCUGCUGCCUGGGGGGGUUGGCGGUGUCCGUGGGGCUCACAGUGGCCGUCUUCCACCUGCCCUUCUGCGGCUCCUGCCUGCUGGUGCAUUUCUUCUGCGACAUUACGGCGCUGCUGCACCUGGCCUGCACCCGGGGCUAUGCGGACGAGCUGCCGCUGCUGGGCGCCUGCCUGCUGUUGCUGCUCCUGCCCUCGGCGCUCAUCCUCGCCUCGUAUGCGGCCAUCGGCGCCGCCCUGCGCCGCCUGCACUGUCCACUGGGCCGCCGCAAGGCCGCCUCCACCUGCGCGUCGCACCUGGUCGUCACCUGCCUGCAUUAUGGCUGCGCCACCUUCAUGUACGUGCGGCCCAAGGUCACCUACGCCCCGCAGCGAGACCGCACGCUAGCGCUGGUCUACACCAACGUCACCCCGCUACUCUACCCACUCAUCUACAGCCUGCGCAACCGCGAAGUCACCAGCGCCAUCCGCAGGGUGCUGGGGCUCAGACCACCGGGACAGCCAGGGGGCCCAGGCUGA